AUGAGCGGCAACAAGAAGGAGAUCCCGUCCGAAUACCGCAUCUCGGAGAAGUGGGACAAGUGUCUGGAGAACUUUGCGCUGUACUUCGGUACCGGUCUCGUGGCCGGUGGGCUCACGUCGCUUGUUCUGGCGCGUUCGGGUGCCGGCCGCGGACUGGUGACAGGACUGGGCGCGGGUGCAGGUGCUGGCUCGAGCUGGACGACGUGCCAAAUGGCGUUUGCUGGCAAUGACCACGCGCAGGCCGCUCUGAACAAGACGGACAAGGCGGUGGGGGACUUGAAAGAAAAGCUCUCGGGCUCUGACUGA